AAGUUGAGACAGAUUCACAGAUAUUGUACUCAGAUUUCGAGUAGAUGACUCACAACAGUACCUAUCUAUUUACACUUAAUAUUUUAGACUGAUAAGAUUACAGUACUGUUCUGCUUAUAACCUGAUACAAAUAAUAUAAAAGGUUAUUAAGGCAGUAUUCAUUACACUGUUCUGGUGACAGUAAUAUUCAAUUUUCGGCGAACUAUUGAAAUAAUUGUAAAUUAAAUACUUAUAUCAUCAUGUCUGAACCUCUAAAAGUGUGGUCCAAAUUCUCUGUCACCAAAAAAGAUGGCAGUGUUCUCAAUUUACGUAUUGUGGACAUACCCAAAGAUCCGAAGAUAAUGGAAAAAGCACUGGACGCCUACUUUAAUUAUUUUGUAAAAGAAGAACGUCAAUUCAAAGCAGCAGGAGUUCCAGAUAGUGAAGAAGCAAUGCAAGAAUUAAGAGCGGUGUUUGAUUAUGGGAUGAACUCCGACAGCCAGCAAAAAAUAGAGUUCAGCAUUUGUUGCUUAGAUACUGGAGAUGACCAGAUUAAUGACGUGAUUGGUGGAUCAAUAAUGAUAUACAAAACACAGGCAGACGAAAAAAAAAAGCAUGUUUUCAAGGCAGAAGCACUGAACAAAGUUUCGCAAAUGGCAGAAGAUUUAACAGAGAUUUACGACGAUAUGAGGGCUUUCAAUUUAGAUCGUUACUUCGUUUGUAGGGGAGUCUUUGUGUGUCCAGAGUACAGAGGCCUUGGCAUUGCCCAGGAAUUUUUUAGAAUCAGACGACUUAUUAGCAAGGAGUACGGUAUACCUAUCAAUGGUGCCUGGAUGUCGUCACCCGGCACACAAAAGGCUGCGGAGCGUGAUGGCUGGGAAACGGUAUGCGAGCUCAAGUUCGCAGACUUGGAGAAGAAGUUCAACGUCACCUUCGAGAAAUUUCCACCUACCAUUAAAUACAUGAUAGCUAGAAUACCACUUUAAAAUGUAUGUUAUGUGCACAUUUUUUUAUCAAAAUCAUUUAAUAAUGUAUAUGUGAUUUUUACACUGAUUUAUGAGACAAAAUAAAAACACGAUUCCUUAUACAUA